AGCAGGCUUGCUCACGCGCAGUCUUCACGCCAGUGUAAUAUUUGGCCAUCAAUCGACAAUAGUUUUUUAGGUUUUGUGCAUAGACAAGUUCCUUUUUCUCGUAAAAGACGUAGUGGCGGCCGCAAGAUGCUGGUGGCGACCUUCAACACGCUGACGCCUCGAAUGAGGUUCAGCUAUAAGAAGCCGAUCAUCGAGAACUUCGCGUUCAAGCUGCACUACCAGAUGACGGUCACCAUGCUCCUCGCCUUCGUCAUCCUGGUCUGCGCCAGGGAAUACUUUGGGGACCACAUCAGGUGCCUGUCGGAUCAGGGAGUGCCGCCCAAUGUGAUUCAGACUUACUGCUUCUUCAUGGCUACGUUUACGAUUGUGCGGCAUUACAACGAGAGCCUGCUGCAGUCUGGGUUCCUUCCACACCCAGGAGUGGGGCCCAUGUCAGGCGACGAUAAGAUCCUGCACCACACCUACUACCAGUGGGUUCCGUUCGUGCUGUUCAUCCAGUCGAUAUGCUUCUACAUGCCGCAUUAUAUUUGGAAGAAGAAGGAAGGUGGACGAAUAAAGGCUCUAGUAGAUGGACUGCAGUUUGCAGCUUUGGCUCUUGAGCAAGAGUCGGACAUCACUGUGCAAGGACAGACUGUGCCAUCAAAGGCUACUCUUGACAACAAAAUCAACGUGAUUAGGAAGGAUAUUUUACUGAGAUUAAGGAUAACCCGCACCUGGUCCACGUGGCUGGUGGCGAUGGAGAUCACCAACAUGCUGCACGUCAUGUUCCAGAUCUGGAUCAUCAACGUGUUCCUCAACGGGCACUUCAUGGACCUCGGGCCUAGGGUGCUGCAGUUCAAGCGGUGGGACGAUAUUGCUGACCCGUUGGAGACUGUAUUCCCGAAGGUGACGAAGUGCAUCUUCCACAAGUACGGUCCGAGCGGCUCCAUCCAGCAGCACGACGCGCUGUGCGUUAUGGCGCUCAACAUCAUCCAUGAGAAGAUUUACACGGUGCUCUGGUUCUGGCUCUUGUUCCUCUUCAUUGUGUCUGUGCUUGCUGUCAUCUGGCGAGCGGCUUCUUACUUUUUCUACCGACGGUCCUUGAAGUUCAACGAGAUGAUGUUCCGCCAAGCGACGAACGGCAAGUUCGACCCGUACAACGUCAUCAGAGUCGUCAACGGCUGUCAGUUCGGGGACUGGCUGUUCCUUUACUAUCUGGCGAAGAACAUGAGCAGUAUAGUCUUCCAGCAACUAUUCGUGGGCCUGGCUGAGGAGUUGCAGAAGAGAGACAUGCCUUACGUCGACGAAGAUGACCUUAAUCAUGAAGAUAAAGGCGCUGAGCCCGUUCUGAUAGGGAAGAUUCACUACGACGACGAAACUCUACCUUUGAAAGACGAUAAGAAGUCCUCGUAAACAUUGGUACAUGAGGAAUAAUAUUCUACCACGUAAAAGGUUGUCCGAUCUGCCAUUAUUAAUGUUUCGUAUCAAAUACAGCGCUCUUUAAGAAAAAAGGGAAAGCGCUUUUAACAGAGGGCAAGAAAUUUCGAUAGUGAUAGACCAAUGAAAUUACUCAUAGGCCCUUUCACCUCUAUUUUAUAGGGGCUGCUAUGAUGUUGUUGAGAAAAUUAAGGUGUACGAGUGUAUUUUGUGUUGUAAAUGCCAAAGGUUACUUCAAUAGGUGGAUAAUUUAUACACAUAAAGGAGUUUUAAGUUAGACAUAAUAAUAGAGAUGAAGCAUUUGAAGUCAACUUUAACGGACUCAGAUUCUAUAAAUUGAGUU